AUGGGUAGUGUGAGCAGUUUGAUAACCAGCAGUAAGAGCUGCAGAAUUUCCGAUCACAAACUGAAGAAGAGAGGACUGAUGAAACAUGGCUUCACCAACGAAUCCGCCAUCAACAGUGACUCCAAACUGAGCCACGUCUCUGGGAACACGGACGACUUCUUCUACAUCAAAGUGAGCCAUAAACCCAGAUCAGGAGAGGAAGGGAGUGAGGAGCUGGGUCUCAGAAGAACCACACCGACCGAACUGAACCUCUCAGCAAGAUCAGAUCAGACAGCUGAAAGGUCCCUCACGCCCGGUUUUCCACGCUGCAGCAGCUCCACGGUGGAAACCCACAACAGUCUGAGAACCAUUCUGGGAAGCCGACUCAGCCCUGUCGAGCGCUCCAAAGUGGCCACACCGGAACCCAAGCUGGAGAUGAGCACCGGAUCUCCGAGUGACUCCGGGAUCUCCGGCUCCAGCUGGAUCAGCGACGGUGUUACCACGGGGAACAGAUGGACCGGUGCGGUCAACGGAGAGGACAGGGGUUCAAAUCCCAGCACCAGAUCGGCCAGCGUGCUGAGUGACCUCAUACACGGGCAGCACGGCGCGAGAACGGGCGCGGACAGGAGCUCCAGGAUCCGGGAUCGGAGGAGUCCGUUUUCUGAUCUGAGUUCAGGUUCCAUGGAUGAGCUGGUGAUGGAGCGGAAACCAGAGGGUCCAGAAUCUGACCUACAGCUUCACAACAAAGAGGUCUCCCAGCAUGCUUUGCACGCUCAGCAGCUCCUCCAGAUGCAGGUCGUCCAGCUGCAGGAGGAAAAGGAGCGACUGAAGGAAGAAAUGGAUCGGCUGGUUCGAGAGCGAGACUCUGCUCAGAGGGAAAGGAGCUUCUCCAACCAGCACACCCAGUUAACUCCCACACUGGAGGAGACACAGUGGGAGGUGUGUCAGAAAGCCGGAGAGAUUUCUCUGUUGAAGCAGCAGUUGAAGGACUCUCAGGCCGACGUGGUGAACAAGCUGAGCGAGAUCGUGGCUCUGAAAUCAGCGCUCAGAGACGCCAGGAGCAAACUGAAGGAGCUGGAGGAGAAGAACCGAGGGAAUGAGGAGGCGCUGAAGUCGCGGAGAACCGAGAUGGAGGUCUGUGAGAACGAGCUCCAGAGAAAGAAGAACGAGGCCGAGCUGCUCCGGGAGAAGGUGUUAAAGCUCGAGUCCGACAUGAAAGGACUGAGACGAGACCUCGCGGCGGCCAGAGAAGAUUGUCUGGAACUUUCCAUCCUGAAGAUCAAGCUGCAGGAGCAGCAGGACCAACUCCAGAUCUACCGGUCCGAGGCGGCCGAGCGGGAGGCAUCAGGAAAAAAGGUGGACGCAGAUGUGGACACGCUCCGGGAGGAGGUGGCCAAGCUGAGGGAGGAGCUGGAGGAGGAGAGAGAGAAGAAGGAGAAGAUCCUGGAGAGCUUCCGUCACGAGAAGCAGACGUGGAAUAAAGAGAAGGAGAAGGUGAUCAGGUAUCAGAAGCAGCUGCAGUUCAACUAUUUGCAGACGCGUCGGAAGAACCAGGAUCUGGAGAGAACGCUGAGGGAACCCAACCUCAAGAUGGGCAUCAGGACCAUGGACACAGACGUGGACGUCCAAAAAGCAGAUGAUGGUGACUUCUGUGACUCGUUGUUCUCCGUGACUGAUUGAUUCAGGUUCCUCCGUCAGUUUAUUGUGGAUUUUCUGGAGGUCAGAAAUAUACGGACAGCAACUUAGAUGAUUAAUGUGGUGCCAUCGGUGGUGUAGAAUGUUCUCUGAUGUCAUUUUGAUUUACUAUAGCUGGUGACUUCUCUGUGCCCAUAUAAAUAUGGGUUAGCUUGAAUGCUCCUGUCCAUAUGAAGAGCAACCGAACAUGUGGGUCCAGAAGAAGCUCCUGAAUCCAAAAUCCACAAUCAGCACCUUAAAGCUCCAGAAAACUUUAUCUCAGAAGCAGGAGCUUCUCAAGGCUCAUGGAGAUACUGUAUGAAGCUUGCUUGACUGUGAUCAAUGCCAGCCACGUUCCAGCAGCUAAUCUAAUCUAAUUCAAGGCAAACACGUCUGUAGCUGUUGGAUCACAAGUUGGGUUGGUUUGUUCCUCAGCUGGAUUGAAGCUGGUCAGAUGAAGAUCAAGAAGACCUCGCCGUGGACCGCGGGAGCACGUCGGGAACUUACCCAGAAUGCACUGCUCACAUUCAGUCAGUGAUGGAUUACACUCAAGUUUGUCUUUGGGGUCUUAUCUUGGGUCCAUAUAGACAUAUAGUUUGCAAAAUUAGAAUAAACAGCGCUAAGAAACAAGGCAACACAGCAAAUCGAGCGUCCAGCCUUUAGUAAAUAAGCUAUAAGUGCAGAAAUAGGCUUCAUGUUUGCUUCGGUUCUCGCUACGCUUCACAUUAACACUUACAGGAAGCAGCAUGUCAGAGUUUCAUCAUCGUAGCUGCUACUGCUUUGUACAUUAUUGUAUAUUACGUAUUUAUUCUAAAUAAAUAUUCUCUCUUUUUUA